CAGCAGCAGCAGCUUCUCUGUGGUCUGCAGGGGCUGAUGGGAGUUUCCAGGAGCUGCUAGAAAGCAGCUUUUCCUGCUCUGGUCUCACAGCUCGUCCUUGUUGGGUCUGGGCUGCAUCAGAGCUCCACUUCUCCCCAGGUUCACCAGAGGAAACACCACGGACCAAAAUGCUUUUCCUCCCAGCUGCUGCUCUGUGCUGUCUGUGUUCAGGGCUGGUUGCCAUGGCAGCAGAGCUGGUUCAGGACGAUUUAACUCUGACCAGGAGAGUUGGACAAAGUGUCUCCUUCAGCUGUGGACAAACGUAUCAGUGUGAUGGUGCCUACAUAUUCUGGUAUCAGAAAAAAGAAAUGGAAACUUUCAGAGCCAUUCUUGAUAUUCACAGAAAGACCAGUAAAAUUGAUUCAAACUACAAUCAUCCUCAGAAAGCAGAUUUCUCAGCUGAAAAUACACAGAACGGUUGUUUGUUGAAGCUAAACAGAGUUAAACUGGAUCAUUCAGCCACCUACUACUGCUCCUGUUGGAAGAUAGACGCCCACAGGAAACGGUACCACAUCUUUGGACCUGGAAGUAAACUGUAUGUAACCGAUGAGCAGGUAGUGAAGCCCGUGGUGAGCGUGUACCCAGCAGCAUCCAGAGUCCACCUGGGGGGGGGCAGCUCCCUGCUGUGUGUGGCCUCAGCCAUGUUUCCUCCUGGGGUCCGGUUCUCCUGGAAAAGACAGAAGAAGAACGGCCCGCUGGAGGACGUCCCCCCUGCCGAGGGAGAGCAGGUGGAGCUCAGAGAGCCGGGACGCAGCGCCUCCAUCAUGGUGGUCCACCGCCUCCAUCAGGACACGUACAGAUACAGCUGCUACGUCAAGCACGAGGGCGGCACGGUGGAGGCCCAGACACAAGAGACUCAGCUUCACGUGGAGACGCUGUCAAAGACAGCAGAGGACGGACAUUUGUCCCUGCAACUCCCAACAUCUUCCUUCUCUGUUUCAGAACUUCCAGGUUCAGAGGUCUUCCAGCAGUCUGAGUGCAGGGUGAAGCUGCUCUGCCUGCUGUACACAGUGCUGACCCUGAAGAGUCUGCUGUACUGCUGUGGACUCUCUCUGCUGAUGGUCCUCAGGAACAAGGGGCCGUCCACCAACUGAACACAUGCUGACUGGUUUCUCUGAUAAUCUCACUCAUCACAUCUUAUACUCUUGAUAUACACAAAUGAUUAACCGUCUUGGUGAUAUUUCAUCUUUUAAAAGCAUUUAUUUCUCCUUCAUGCCCUUUUUAAUAUUCUGAUUAUUGUCA